AUGCAAAAAAAGGAAGAGAAACAAGAAAAGAGAUAUUUAUCUGUUAUCAACAAGAUAUUAUUGAUUCUGGCAGGAGUUCUAUUGGCCUACAAUAUUAAAGUGUACUACGAUCGUGUAUCAUCGUCUCACUAUGAAAUUAAAGGAAAUGAAAUCAUUAUGAAAAAUGAUAACAAGUAUUUGUAAGACUUUCAACUUGCCUCACUUUCAAAAGUGCUUUCCUAAAAUUCACAGACAACCAAAUUAAAUGCACAAUUGACCUACAAUCGUAUUAAUGAUUUCAGAGAUUUCUUUGCCAGUUUGGAGAAUCUAAGUAACUUAAAGGAAUUAUCCCUUUCUAUUGGUAAGAAUCCAAUUGUAAAUGAAUAAGUGUAGGCUGCGUCAUUAGGCAAAGCAUUAGCUAAACUCACCCAAUUAAAUCACUUAAACUUAGAAUUAGACUCAUUAUUCAAUAAACAAAGUAUAUAAGUAAUUCUAAAGGAAUUGAGUAAAAUUUCCGGAUUGACGGAAUUACGUCUCUCUCUCAUUAGUUGUGAUUUAUCUGGAGAUGGAUUGUAAUCACUUUAUCCAUUGACAGAUAUAAAGAAUUUGAUCUCUUUAGAACUGUUAUUAAUUGGCAGCUAAUUGAAGGAAGAAGAGAUGAAACAUUUAAAAACAAUUUUACAUAGACUUCCAAAAUUAAAAAAAUUGAAUCUUAAUCUCUAUGCAAACAAAAUAUAAGUUGAUGGAAUCAUCACUUUGAGUGGAGGAUUGUUUUAGCAGAGACAAUUGUAAGAAUUUGGGAUAGAUCUAUAUUUCAAUAAUAUUACUACAAAUGGAACAGAAAGUUUAAUGGGAGUGGUUGGUUCUAUGGAGAACUUGACUUCAUUAAAAUUAGGUUUGGAAUUCAAUUAUAUAAAGAAUGAGGGAGGAAUAUUCGUUGGAAAGGGAUUAUCAUAACUAAAGAAACUUAAGGAUUUAUCUGUAAAUGCAGCCAGUAAAAAUUUUGGAUUCGAUGGAUAUGAAGCCAUUGUCACUGCAAUUGAGAAUUUGCCACCUCUAGAGAAUCUAGAAUUGAUUAUUGGAGUUAAUAAGUGUGGAGUUUCAGGAGCAGAAUUGUUAAAAUAGGCUUUGUUUAAACAAAAUAAAUUGAAAUCCUUGAAAAUUAACUUCCUGGAGAACUAUGUUGGAGAUGCAGGAGCCACGUACGUUGCUGAAGGGAUUCAAUACUAAAAAAACUUAGAAGAAUUAAGUGUCAACAUGAACUAAAAUUCCUUAUCUGAUCGAGGUGCACUUGAAUUAGCCAGGGCUGUCAAAAAUUCAAAAUCACCAAAGAUUGUUGACUUUAAAGUAAGUUCAAAUGAAAUUACAGACAAGGGAAUCAAAGAUAUUUUAGUACUUUUGGAAUAGGCUCUCCCUAAGGUUGAUUUAUUGUAAGUAGAAUUUUUAGACACUGCACUUACAAAUUCAACAAGAGAUGAUAUCGAACUGAAAUAUGGAAGUGUUGACAAAUUGUAACUUAAAUUAAAUACAAUUCCUGCAAGUAAUUGGGAAUGA